AUGACGAUUUCAGCGGCUGCCGGAUGCGCACUGCCGCCAGAGUGCUUGCGGCUGCAGAAAGGGGGGAACAAGCAGGCGAACAAGCUGCAGGCCGAGGUGCGUCAGCAUCUCUCCUCCCGCGCCGACAUCGGGCACGAGGAGAAGGGCCGUCUGCUGUACGCGCUAGACUACUCCAACCGUCGUGUCCUUCCGAGACCACGACAUGCGGGCCCGCCCGCGGCGGCGGUGUGGGAGCUGCUGCACCUGAAGCGGCUGGGGCUGCUGCUGCUCUGCGAGGAAGCGCAGAUGCAGGACGACUACGCAAAGAUGGACGCCUUCUCCGUCCCCGUCUACCGGCGCGGCUUUGCCGCGGGCGGGGCGCCCAUCCUGCAGGCGAAGGUGGUCGGCCUCGAGGAGCGGCACCCCCCCGCGCUCAUCGGCGACGUGGUGCGGCUGCGCCUCGCCGCUCUGCCCCAGUUCGACAUCCCCUGCCGGCUCGUCGCGAUCGAGAAGCGCGUGCACCUCCUCUUCACGCCUGCGCUCUCGGCCGGCCGCGCCGAUGGGCCAGAGCGGCACGACCAGCACCCGCUCUGCCCCCUGCUGCGCGACGCGUCCCUCGCCAAGCACCGGGGGGAGGCACCGCACUGCCCUCACUGCCGCCGGCUCCGCGGCUUCGUCAAAGACACGCUGCUCGCGGGCGGACUGGGCGU